AUGGCUUCACUGGGCGAGGACUUGCUGGUGACAGUCAACAAGUUGCAGGACUUGGUCUUCAACACCAUCGGCAAUGACUCCCUCGACCUGCCCCAGAUCGUUGUUGUGGGUUCCCAGUCGUCCGGCAAGUCGUCGGUGCUGGAGAACAUCGUUGGCCGCGAUUUCUUACCCCGGGGCAGCGGUAUUGUCACCCGGCGGCCGUUGAUCCUGCAGCUCAUCAACAUCCCUAGCGAACGCCACGAUAAGCCCGAGCAGGAUGAGAUUCAUAUCCCACAUACGGCUGCCAGUGUCGCCGGUCAACACGAGUGGGCGGAGUUCCACCACCUUCCGGGUCGCAAGUUCGAAGAUUUCGGCCUGGUGAAGCAAGAAAUUGAAGCCGAGACCGCGAGAAUUGCUGGAAGCAACAAGGGCAUUAACCGACAGCCGAUCAACCUGAAGAUCUUCUCACCCCAUGUGCUCAACCUGACUCUGGUGGAUUUGCCCGGCUUGACAAAAGUGCCAAUUGGCGACCAACCGUCCGAUAUUGAGAAACAGACCCGUACCUUGAUCCUGGAGUACAUUGCGAAACCGAACAGCAUCAUUCUGGCGGUCUCUCCGGCUAAUGUCGACCUGGUCAACUCGGAAGCGCUGAAGCUCGCCCGCCAGGUGGAUCCCAUGGGCCGGAGGACAAUCGGCGUCUUGUCAAAGCUGGAUCUAAUGGACCACGGGACCAAUGCUAUGGAUAUCCUCUCCGGGCGAGUGUAUCCCCUGAAGCUAGGGUUCAUUGGUGUCGUAAACCGUUCGCAGCAGGACAUUCAGUCGGGCAAGUCUCUCUCUGAGGCGCUUCGAGCCGAGGCCGACUUUUUCGUCACCACCCAGCGUAUCGAAACAUGGCCAAUCGAUGCGGAACCCACUCGCCUCAAUACCCUGAUGGGUCAAACGCAACAGGAACUGGCCAGCUAUGGGAACAAACAAUUUAGCGGCAAGGAACACCGAGGGUCCUUGAUCCUUCAAUUGAUGACCCGAUUCGCUUCCUCUUUUAUCUCGUCGAUCGAUGGAACGUCGUCGGAAAUCUCGACCAAGGAGCUCUGCGGUGGUGCCCGGAUCUACUACAUCUUCAACUCGGUCUUUGGCAACUCUCUGGAAAUGAUUGAUCCCACCCACAACUUGACGGUGUCGGAUAUCAGGACGGCAAUCCGCAACUCGACCGGUCCUCGUCCCAGUCUGUUUGUCCCGGAAUUGGCAUUUGAUCUAUUGGUCAAGCCGCAGAUCAAGCUGCUGGAGGCUCCCAGUCAACGAUGUGUGGAACUGGUCUACGAGGAGCUCAUCAAGAUCUGCCACACAUGUGGCUCACAAGAGCUGAUGCGAUUCCCUCGCCUUCAGGGGAAACUCAUCGAGGUGGUUUCCGAUCUUCUCCGUGAACGCUUGGGGCCGUGCUCGGGUUACGUAGAAUCUGUCAUCUCGAUCCAAAGAGCCUACAUCAACACCAACCAUCCUAACUUCUUGGGUGCCGCGGCUGCCAUGUCUUCCAUUAUUCAAACCCGGCAAGAAGAGGAGAGAAAGGCGGUCAUGGCAGAAGAGAAGAGAAAGCGGGAAAAGCGACGCGUCAAAGAACUUGGGACCGCCAACGGGACUGCCUCUGGAGGGCUUGAUGAGGAGGAGUCGCAAAACUUGCCUAUUCGGAGCCAGUCCACAAAAGCCCGAAGCAUGUCGCCGAAUGUGGGCCGUGGGGAGAAUGGCAUUGCGGCAACCUUGAAUGGUGCGCAAAAUACAGCUGCCCUUGGUGGUUCGAACACCGCACGUGAUUCUUUCUUGAAUUACUUCUUCGGGAAGGAAGGUGGAUCGUCUCAGAACCUGGCCUCGCCGCCGCAGGCCGGCACGCAUUCAAGGCGGCAAGCUGGUCAUGCGAGCGAGUCUAGCAUUAGCCAGAGUAUCCGUCAGGCUGAAAUGCGGUCUCCGGUUAUGCCAUCAGAGGAGUACGCUGCUCCACCCGAGUACGGUGGCGGUGAAGUGUCUAUGUUUCCCCAUAACAAUGCCGAGCCAGCCCUUACCGAUCGGGAGGUGCUUGAAACCGAGUUGAUUCGCCGUCUGAUUUCAUCCUACUUCGGCAUUGUGCGAGAGACCAUUGCCGACCAGGUUCCCAAAGCCAUUAUGCAUCUCUUGGUCAACUAUUGCAAAGACGUCGUGCAGAAUAGACUCGUCAGCGAACUCUAUAAAGAGGAUCUUUUCGGCGAUCUGCUUUACGAAGACGAUGGCAUCAAGGCCGAGCGCGAGAAGUGUGAGCGGCUUCUCGAAACCUACAAAGAGGCCGCGAAGAUCGUGGGCGAAGUGCUAUAG